UUCCUUUUCUUUAUUAUUCUCGGCUUUUUGUCUAUUUUAUUAAUUCCCAAUCGACAGAGGAUUCAUCUUAUUUCCCUUCCGCAUUCCACAAAUAGUCGCUUGUAAUUUACUUUUCUGUCAGACAGCCCACUAAAGCAGAAUGCCCGCCCCAUCGCUGCUGUCGCACGACGACAGGAGCACCAUUUUAAAAGCCCAGCCAAAACCCAAGCACAGUGUCGUUGGAGCAGCAAUCGCGCGGCUGUUUGUCGCGUACCCCGACCGGAGAAGGUGGUCGUACACGCACCGCUUUGGAGGCCUGGUGCUGGUGAAGGACACGCACAAUAAUGACGCAUCCUUUCUGCGGAUUGUCAAUCUGAGCCCAGGUGGGGAGCAAGUCAUAUGGGAGCAGGAGCUCUACCGCGGAUUUGAGUUUACCAAGCAGACGCCCUUUUUCUUUACAGUUGUCGGCGAUGAGCACGUCUUUGGACUGGACUUUGCAGACCCAGACGAGGCGGCCAGGUUUGAAGACAAGGUGAAAAAGCGCGCGCGCAAAAUAAUGAAGCAGGUUGCGGUGGCGCCGUCCUCUGGGCCGAGCGCCACGCAAAGGUCACUUAACCUUGACGACGACAAGUACAGAAAGUUGGUCAAGGCGCUGGCGGCCUACAACAUCACCGAGAAUAUGCUCGAUGAUCCAAGCACCGCAAACCUCAUCAAGGACUUUGUCAAGCAAAACGGCAGUGUUGACAACAUGAUUCGCUCUGCACACCCGGCAGCCCCGUUGCAGACCCCUCCCCCACCGCCUCCACCUCCGCAGUCUCAGCCGCCGCCGCCACCGCCAUCGCAGCACGUCGCAACUUCGGCGUAUAGCUCAGGUCCAGGACGACGGGCAGCUUUGCCUCAUCAGGCCCCGCCGCCUCCGCCGCCCAGACGAAAUGCACCACCACCCCCGCCGCCGCGGCAAAGAACCCGGCCCUUAUCGCCAGUGCAGAUUCGGUCUGCUCCAACCCAACCGCAGCAGCAGCAUCAGAUGCCACCGCCGCCGCCUCCUCCGCCAAGACAUGCGCGCCGGUCUCCGCAGCCACAGUCUGCAGCUCCGCCACCACCGCCACGUCUUUCGCUUAACGGGUCGUCUCCAGUUUAUAAAUCGCAGCCUGAACAUUAUACAACCUCGGCACCGUUGCUGCCACCGCCUCAGAGCCGGCCAGCACUACCUCCACAGGCGCCACCAAUGGCACCUCCGAUGGCACCUAAUCCACCUACAUCCCGGCCUCCAAUGGCACCGCCGAUGGCUCCACCGAUGGCGCCUCCAAUGGCACCUAAUCUACCUACGUCUCGGCCUCCGAUGGCGCCUCCAAUGGCUCCUCCAAUGGCGCCUCCGAUGGCACCUAAUCUACCUACGUCUCGGCCUCCAAUGGCUCCUCCAAUGGCUCCACCGAUGGCUCCUCCAAUGGCUCCACCGAUGGCUCCUCCAAUGGCUCCACCGAUGGCGCCUCCAAUGGCACCUAAUCUACCUACGUCUCGGCCUCCAAUGGCUCCUCCAAUGACUCCACCGAUGGCGCCUCCAAUGGCACCUAAUCUACCUACGUCUCGGCCUCCGAUGGCGCCUCCAAUGGCUCCACCGAUGGCGCCUCCGAUGGCACCUAAUCUACCUACGUCUCGGCCUCCAAUGGCUCCUCCAAUGGCUCCACCGAUGCUACCUCCAGGCCCGCCAACCCAGGCACCCCCUCCUCCGCCCCCAACAUCCACGCAGGAAAAUGAUGGCCCUUUGCCUAUAUCAUCUGUGGGCGGUGAUUCCAGGAACAUGCUACUCGCUUCGAUCCGUGGCACUGGAGGCAUCGGCGGCUUGCGCAAAACCAAAGCCAGCUCACCGAACUGCGAAACUGACAGCUCGGCUGCUCCGCAGGCAAAGUCUCCUAGAAGUGCCUCUCCCGUAGCUAAGCCCGGGGCCAACCUCACCAAUGCACUUGCAAAUGCAUUGGCACAGCGCAACAAGGCCAUUGCCGGAGAUUCUGACUCUGAAGAGGAUGAUGACGACGAAUGGUAGGCUUCCAUCCCCUUUCUGCAUGCAGGAACAAGGGCGCAUUUAUGCGCAGCGUUCUGGCCGCGCGCCCCCUACGCCAAAUUUUCAAUCAAAUAAAAUACCAGCUUAAAUAGUUAUACUUAUGUGCCUUGUUAAAUCGGAGGCUGGUGGGCCUAGGCUGCUCAGGCCAGGUUGCCGUCACACAUGUCACCCAUGCGCAUAUAUUUGAGGCACAUCAAAGGUGGCUAUUAAACAUAUCACACAUGAAAACGCCACUUUUUUUACUCGAGUUCUCUCAAUGCUCCAAAGAUACACAGGGUUUUCAGCCGUCGCUGAUGUCCUUAAAUAAACAGGCGAGGGAUCACGGCACCCAGCUGCUGGUUUCUUUUUUGGUAAUGUUCUUUAAUAUCAGUUUGCACCCUUGCUAAAUAUCCAAGUAAUUUCACCA